CCUCGGUUCCUGCCCCCCCCCGUGCCUUCUUUUCCUCUCCUUCCUGGUACUGACCACCUGUGAUCAUGGUCAGGUACUCGGCCCCCAUGUACCUCUGCAGGACAUGGGAUUUGCCUAUAGACAAAUGGCCCCUUAACAUUAGCACAGUUAAGCAGUGCCCUCAGACUUAAGGAAUGCCUCUAAGUUCGGUAAGGCUGGUCAGAACCUCAGACCCACAACGAGUCUCUCACACGUGCUUGAGAGUAAGUAGUUCUCUUCUGUGGGCUGCUGUAACCCGGAUACCUUCCCAUCCUGGAGAUGGUCCCUUCAUUAUGGCUGGAAGGCCCAGCUAGGCUGGUGUGCUGUCUCCACAGGCCCACGCACAGUGGGCAGUUUGCCUUAGGACCGGACAAAGUGAAACUGUAUCCUUUGCUGCUCUUAUCCACCAGGCUCUUGAGAAGGGGCUUGGGAUCAACAGUUGUCUUGCAGAACCAGCUGGGACCUUGAGACUCCAUUCCUCCAGGUCAGGAGACAAUAAGAAUUCAGAGUCCCUUCCAGUUCACAGGUUGGACAACUCCUUUGGGACAUCUGCAAGCCUGGCGGUCCAGUUUCUGGCCGUCACAGGCCUGGCCAACACCCUGCUUGUGGGUAAAAUGAAAAUGGAGUGUGGGUGGGAUGGGCAAAGUGGGAAGCCUUGACUGUGAGACUAGGCAGGGCUGGAUGCUCUGUGGGUUAGAUAUUCCUCCGCCUUUGUUCUCAGGAUCCCCACCUGGAUGCUGUCCUAUCUCCCCAAGUGGGUGUGCUGUACCUGGAAGAACUUAUUUAGGGCCCCAGGGUCUUAACUUGUUAUGCCCUACCUUCGUAGGACUGGGCCUCCUUUUUCCCUUACAACAAGCCCUGAGCCACUGUUUGCACAGCAGUUGGGAAAUGUGGUUUACAGGAGCAGUUAUGAAUGGGUGUGGUGGGACUAGUCAGAGCAGCUCCUCUUUUGUCAGAUAAAAGGCUCCUUUAGUGGUGGUGGGGAUAGUUACUGGGGGUGCCAUAAAGUGAUAGCCUACCCAGUUGUCCACAGAGGGGCCCCUGGGGAAUGUGCUGUUGCUACAUCUUUGAGAAAGGCAGAGCUGAAGUUGCGGAAUGGAUGCACCUGUAAAGACGGAGGUGCUGGGGUGAAGGAGAGGGUAGGCCCAUUCACCUUCCCUUCGAAGCAAAGAAAACCUUGUAGGAAUGGUCCCUCCCUUCUCUACUGCCCCGCGUGGGAGGGAUUGGGCCUUACCUCACACCCCCCAUCCUCCACUCUCACCCUGCCUGCCGGGUGUCCACAGCCAAUUGAAAUGUAGGUGAAGUCAUGUCUUCCAUGACUUGCCAUCAGCUCCCUGCCCUACUCAUUCUUCUGCCUCUACAGCUCUGUGCGCUCAGGGUGGUGCUGCAAUGGGUGUGACCAGGCCCGCUGUCCCAAUGUGCCCACUGAGCUGCAGGAUUCUUGGCUUGCUGCUGGACACAUAGAGGGCAGGGGGGUAUGGGGCCCAUAGGUCUCCCUAUGCGGCUCAGUGAUUUCCUUCUUUUGUUUCUAAAUCCACCAUUUAAAUCUUGGAUACAUUUUAUUUGGGAAGAAAACAUUAUACCCUGUCCAGCAGUUGAAAAUGAUGGACCAAACAGAAUGUCUUGCCCCAAAACUCGGCCGAGCUCGCACCUUUCUGAGGCUCGCAUCUUUCUGGGGCUUCAGCCGGUUCUGAGCGUUUCCGAGCUCCACGCACCACCCCCAUCCCGCUUGGCAUUCUGCAUAGUCGGCGUCCACAGACCGUGUUCUCCCCGGAUCCUCCCAAGCCUGCUGCAUGCACCGACCUUGGUGCAGCCCGGGUACUGGUGCACACCUCUGCAGAAAGCCAUCUGGGCAGGGACUGAUGUACAACUUCACCCACUUGGAUGCAUUCCUGGACCUCCUCAUGGAGAACCAGCUCCUCCCCGGAUUUGAGCUGAUGGGCAGUCCUUCUGGGCACUUCACGGACUUUGAGGACAAGCAGCAGGUGUUUGAAUGGAAGGACUUGGUUUCUCUCUUGGCCAGGAGAUACAUUGGUAGGUAUGGGCUGGCACAUGUGUCCAAGUGGAACUUCGAGACUUGGAACGAACCAGACCACCACGACUUUGACAAUGUGUCCAUGACCACACAAGGCUUCCUGAACUACUAUGAUGCCUGCUCUGAGGGGCUGCGCGAUGCCAGUCCCAUGUUGAGGCUGGGUGGCCCUGGGGAUUCCUUCCACCCCCUGCCAAAGUCACCACUGUGCUGGAGCCUCCUGAACCACUGUGCCAAUGGAACCAACUUCUUCACUGGCGAGGUGGGCGUGCGUCUGGAUUAUAUCUCCCUGCACAAGAAGGGUGCAGGCAGCUCCAUGUACAUCCUGGAGCAGGAGAGGGCAGCUGUGGACCAGAUCCAGCAGCUCUUCCCUGAGUUCAAGGACACCCCUAUUUACAAUGACGAGGCAGACCCUCUGGUGGGUUGGUCACUGCCACAACCUUGGAGAGCUGAUGUGACUUAUGCGGCCUUGGUGGUGAAGGUCAUCGCACAACACCAGAACCUGCUGUUUGCCAAUAGCAGUUCCUCCAUGCGCUAUGAGCUCCUGAGCAACGACAAUGCCUUCCUGAGCUACCACCCACACCCUUUCUCCCAGCGUACACUUACUGCCCGCUUUCAGGUCAACAAUACUUGCCCACCCCAUGUGCAGCUCCUGCGAAAGCCAGUCCUCACAGUCAUGGGGCUGAUGGCCCUGUUGGAUGGAGAACAACUCUGGGCAGAGGUGUCACAGGCUGGGGCUGUGUUGGACAGCAAUCACACAGUGGGUGUCCUGGCCAGCACCCAUCGCCCUGAAGUCUCUUCAGAGGCCUGGCGUACCACGGUCCUGAUCUACGCUAGUGAUGACACCCAUGCACACCUCAACCGCAGUAUCCCCGUGACUCUUCAACUUCGUGGGGUACCCCCUGGCUUGGGGCUUGUCUAUGUAGUAUACUACCUCGACAAUCAACUCUGCAGCCCCUACCAUGAGUGGCAGCACAUGGGCCAGCCAGUCUUCCCUUCUGCAGAACAAUUCCGACAUAUGCGCAUGGUGGAGGACCCGGUGGUUGAGGCACCGCGUCCCCUCCCUGCUGGGGGCCGCCUGACUCUACACCGGAAGCUCUCUAUGCCAUCACUUCUGCUGGUGCAUGUAUGCACACGCCCCUCAAAGCCACCAGGGCAGGUUAGCCGGCUCCGUGCACUGCCCCUGACACAUGGGCAGUUGGUUCUGGUCUGGUCGGAUGAGCAUGUGGGCUCCAAGUGCCUGUGGACAUAUGAGAUCCAGUUCUCCCAGAAGGGUGAGGCGUAUGCGCCCAUCAGCAGGAGGCCGUCUACUUUUAACCUGUUUGUGUAUAGCCCAGACACAGCCAUGGUCUCUGGCUCCUAUCGAGUACGAGCAUUGGACUACUGGGCCCGGCCAGGCCCCUUCUCAGACCCUGUGACCUACCUGGAUGUCCCUGCCUCAUGAGAGUCACUGGCUCCUUGUGACUGGUGAGCCUGUGCUGACUGGUGAAUGGGGUCAGCCAGGUUGAGCUAGACUGCCAUUAGCUAGUCAGUUGACUAUGGGCUCCUCUUGUUGCUCCCCCAUUUCCUUUUAAGGUAUCUUCCUCUACCUCAGUCUUGGGGUUUACCUUCGUGGAUGAACAUCACAGAGGGCCCAGAUGGAGUGACCUUUGUCCACCUUCUUCCCUCUUCCCAACUGUUCAAAGUUUAGAUUUGGAACUGGGAAGAUGACUCAGUGGGUAAAGCGCUUGCUGUGCAAUCAUGAGACUUGGGUUCAGAUAUCUAGCACUCAUAUAAAGACUGUGCAUGGUGAUAUAUGCUUUUAACCCCAGUGCUGGUAGGAGAUACAGAGACAGGCCAGGGCUCACUGGCCAUCCAGUCUUCCUGAAACUGCAAGCUCCAGGUUCAGUAAGAAAAGUCAAAUAGAGACCUAUAGAGAAGAUAACUCAGUAUUGACCUUUGGUCUAUACACACACACACACACACACACACACACACACACACACACACACACACACACACACACAUCACUCCCCCCAAAUGCACCACAUGUCGCACUAUGUACACACACAGCAGUUCCUUCUCUGAGACUCAAGACAAACUCUUACCUUGAGAUUCUGUAAUAUCAAAAAAAGUUAUGCCCUUCUGAAAUACAAUUGCACAGGGUAUACAUCUCCAUCUCAACAGGAAAGUAAAUGACAAGGAAGGAUUUAACUGAAGCAAGACCAAGACAUGGCAAGACAAACAUAAAACCCUGCAGGUUCAUUCCCAGAAUUGGGGCACGUUAUUAUGAUUUGAACUCUAAUGUGCUAGGCAGUUCUGUCUUUGUGGUGCUGCCAUUUACAGCCCCCUAUCACCUUUCUCCAAGGCUGGUGUCUUAGGUUUUCCAUUACUGUAAUUAAACAUGAUGAGCAUGAGCAACUUGGGUAGGACAAAGUUUAUUUCACUUACAUUUCCACAUUACAGUCUAUCAUCGAAAGAAGUCAGGGCAGAACCUGGAGGCAGGAACUGAUGUAGAAGCCAUAGAGAAGUUCUGCUUACUGAUUCCAAGGCUUGCUCAGACUAUGUUCUACACCCCAAGACCAGCAGCCAAAAAGAUGGCACCUUUCACAAUGGCCUGGGCCCUCCAACCUCAACCACUGAGAAAAUGCAACACAGGUUUUUCCCGUAGGCCAAUCUUGUCAGGGCAUUUUCUCAAUUGAGGCGCCCUCUUCCCAAAUGACUCUAGCUUGUGACAAAUUGACAUAAAACUAUCCCAGCUUUGCCACAUAUUAUCUGGCCUCCCAAUUCUUCCUUUGAAAUCUGUCUGGAAGCCUACAUAACCCUGUAACUGUAAUUCUUGUCUAAGCCAGCAUCCUGUGGAUCACACAAAGGUCUUGAAGGGUAGUUGAGGACCCUUGGGCCAUCCAUAGCUGCAGAAAACUUUGAGUGCCUUGUUUCUUAGUCCCAUGCACUUGGGCAGAACAUCAUGAAGAUGGCAACUUGUGUUGGGGGUGGUGUUCACCUCAUGGGGAACAGGAAGCAAAGUAAGGAUAGAAGUAAGUGUAACCUUCAAAAACACUUCUUCACUGAUCUGCUUUGUUCAACUAGGCCCUACCUCCUAAAGUUUCUAGAAUCUCUCGGAACAGAACCACUGCCUGGAAACUAAUUGUUUAACAUGUAAGCCUUUGGGGGUGAGGAAUACAUUUACUAUUCAAAAUAAGCUGGAUAUAUCACCUUGGUCCUGGCCAUUGGAAGAACCCUCUCUCUUUCAGUAUCGGCCCCUGGUGUGCUAAGAUACAGUUACUUACAUCCCUUCCAGGUGGCCUGCUGGUCACACAUCUCCUUAAUCUAUUCUGCACAUUUCCCUUCUCUCCAGCAGCCCAUGGAAGCCCAGCCUAGGCCUCUGCUGUCAAACUUUUCCAAGUUAGGAUUACCGACUGUCCAGGAAAUAAGUCUGAAUGGAAUGCUUGCACAUACUGCAAUGGCUACAUCCAAAUUCAGAGUUCCCCUGGCUUUGUGCCUCUUAAAAGUGGGCAGAGUGAAUGGCAUACAAUGACCUUCUGUAGUGCUUUUUAUCCCUUUGUGGGCCCUUGAACCCCUGACUCUUCAGUCUCAGGUCACCCCAGUGCUUACGGGUGAUUACCACCAUGACCCCUCACUUGAAAUAAAGUAUGACAUUUCCCACUGCCAUGGGGUCAUUCAGGAAGAUCCUGAGCUUUUCAGAGCUUAUCUUCCACCUCUUAGAAGUAUGCUUUACUAAGCCCAUUCAGGGCAUGUAACUUCUUGCCCACCAAACCCAGUGAGUAUGACCAGAAGAUUGCAUUAAUUUUGGAAGAAUGAUGUCAACAGACAAAACUUGAGGUGUGUGGACAUCCAUUAUGGGAAAAUAGACUGCUCUUAAUGAGACAAAGAGCACUUUCCAGUGGAGGAGAAGCUGAUGUGUCAGGCAGCCAGUCCUCAGAUACAGUGAGUGUUGACAUGGUCAUAAUGCAGUGAACUUCCAACAUUUAAUAUCCUUGGGGCAGGUUAUGAGGAUCUGGAGGAAGACCUCUCAAUCUCCCACUCUGUCCUGGAAACUAAAAAAAGGGCCUCAUGGGUGGUCUUCAGAACAAGUCAACGUGGCCCACUGACAGAUGUCCCUAAGCCUCACUGGAAAGUAGGUCACUUAUUUUUCAGGUGACAGGACUGCAGACACUUGGACCCAUUAUCCAAUGUACUCUUUCAGGUGGGACCUAGCCCCCCUUGUUCUAGGUUCUGUGUCAGCAAUUAAUAUGAGGCCCUGGAAAAACAUUGUGAUCAUUUGUGCUGGCAAAGGGUCCUGUGGGCUCAUGUCCACUCUGCAGCCUAUACUCUGUGGUAAUAUUUCAGGCUCUCUCAUCUUGUUCAUGGUGUCUUAUCUUACUGGUCCCUUCAGUGCCACAGACUUCUGCAGGCACAUUGUUGUGGAAGUGCUUGAGUAAUACCUGUAUUCGAGAGCCAGCUCUAAGGCAUGCUGUAUGCCUGUGGUGUAGUUGCUUCCAAAGGGCUUUGGAUACUAUUUGGUAUACUGACGAUUGUCCCUGUGUACAUCAUGAAGGGGGUAUCACAAGCCUCCUAGCCACAGUAUGUGCAGGUAGGGUAUUGUCCAGGUCACUCAUCCUGACUUUUGAACACUGAAGGUACUCAGGCUCACACCACAGAUUUCAGGCCCUAGGUAGUUAAGGCAGGAACUGUUGAGGAAAACAGCUUACCAGUUUGCUCUUCAGGCUUGCUCAAUUUACUCUCGUAUAUUAGACAGGUCCACUUGUCCAGAGGUGACAUUAUCCACAGUGGGCUGGGUCCUCACACCAAUCAUUAAUCAAGAAAAUGUUCCUGAGACUUGCCUACAGGCCAGUCUGAUGGAGACAAUUCCUCAGUUGAGGUUUCCUCUUCACAGAUGAUGCUAGCUAGUGUCAAGUUGACAAAACCUAAUAAUGAUAGAAGGUCUAUGUCAUAAUGCCACUUCUGGCCCUGAUGGCCAGGCAUAGUCAGUCCUUGGUUCUUCUCUUGGUCUGACUGCCAUAUCUCCUUUCCUCCCUUGCUCCUCCUCACUCAUGGCCCUGUUCAGUUUGGACCCUUCCAGAUGCAUCUGUCUGAACUCUCCCUCGUAUCUACAAUAAAACUCUUCUCCUCAACCACA